AUGCCAAUUAAUUCUGAGUCAUGUCCCUUGUGUAAAGUGCACAGCAAUACAAUCAAAAAAGAAGACGAAGAUGAAGAAGACAACAAAACUUCAUGGAUUCAAUGUUCUAAAUGCAAAGUAUGGUACCAUGUCCAUUGUUUGGACCUUCCAACUGAUGAAAUAGAUCAGAUAGUUAUCUAUCAUUGUCCUGAAUGUGUGCCCAAAUAUGGAGAAUCUACCUAUAAAAGAAAAUCUAAACGUGCCAGAGUAUCUAUUGACUAUCAAUCUUUGAAUGAAGGAGAUACAUUUGCAAUUGACAAAUCGAGCCAUUUCCAUUUACACAAUUUUUUAAACUUUAAGGGAGAAACAAACAUUAAUGUGAUUGAUAAACUCACAAAGACAUAUGCAUUGAACACACAAAUGGAGAAACCAAUUCUUAUUCCACAAGCAGAUUUGUCCAAAAAUGGAAUGCAACUCCCCAUUGAGAAAAACGAAAUUACAAUUGAUUAUAUUACUGAUUGCUGCGGAGAAGAUACACCUUUGGAGGUGAUGGAUGUGAUAUCACAACAAGGUAUAUCUCCACCAUGGAAAUUGAAGCAAUGGCGAGAGUAUUUCAAGACUAAUGAAGAGAAACGUGAUAGAAUACGAAAUGUGAUAUCGUUGGAGAUAUCUGAUGUUGCAAAAUUGGGUGUUGAUUUCACACGACCCAAGUGUGUUCGAGACAUGGAUGUAGUGGAUCGGGUGUGGAUUGAAGAGGACGAACAAAAGAGAAGCAAAGUCACCAAAUACUGUCUUAUGUCUGUGAAGAAUUCAUUCACGGAUUUCCAUAUUGAUUUUGGGGGUACUUCGGUAUACUACACCGUGUUAAGUGGGGCUAAAACUUUUUUGUUUUUCCCACCAACAGACAAUAAUUUGGAGUUGUAUAAAUCCUGGUGUCUUGAGCCUUCACAAAACUUUAUUUGGUAUCCUGAAUAUACAAUAACAAAGAAUAAAAAGAAGAUUAAACCAACCGGUGGGUUUAAAGUCGACCUACAACCUGGUGAUCUUUUCAUUAUCCCCAGUGGUUGGAUCCAUGCUGUCCACACUCCACAAGAUUCAAUUGUGAUAGGAGGUAAUUACUUGACUAUAAGGGAUAUGGUUAUGCAGUUGAAAAUCAAUGAAAUUGAAAGAGAAACCAAAGUUCCAACAAAGUUUAGAUUUCCUAUGUUUAACAAAGUGCUAUGGUUGACUGCGUGGUACUAUUAUAAUCAUCAAAACGAGUUUCAAAGUGAUAUAGGUGAGGAUGAAGAUGGUAAUGCAAUAUUAACUCGAUUGAUUGGACAUUUGCAAGGGCAUUUGGAACUAAGCAAAACAAAUGCAACAGCAAAAAGAAGUAUUCCUAAAACAAUCGGCAAACCAAUGGUAUUUAUUAACAAAUUGUUGGCAUGGAAAGAGGAUUUGUAUGGUACUGCCGUGUGA